AUGGCAACUGGGUUCGAGGCCGCUGGUCUCGCCUUGGCCAUAUUCCCUAUUCUGAUCGAAGUGGUCAAAUUCUACGCCAAUGAAAAGAAUGUUGUCAAAGACUUUGUUCACUACCAGAAGCUUCUCAAGCGUAUUGGUAGAGACCUAUCAUGCGAGAAAGUCUUAUUUCGAAACUCUUGUCAGCGUUUCAUGCAAGAUAUUGCUUCUCAUUGCGGGAUUGAAGAAGACGAAGUUAAUGAGAUUUUAAAUGACCAAAAUCAUCCUCGGUGGAGCGAUAGAACAAUUGACCAUGUUUCUAUCACCAGUCGGGCUUCGGUUCAGCUAUACCUGGACAUAUUCGAAGACAUGAUGGAAGAGCUUUCAAAGAUAAAUGAUUUACUUGGAAUCAAAAAUGGGGAAAAUCCACAGCCCGAACUCCUGGACAAAAAGACUCGUCGUCGGCAGUGGAAAAAGAUAGUCUUAGUUCUCAAAGCAGAUGGAAUCGCCGCUCAUUUGCAAAGAACCAGCAAGCUUAACGCUGAUCUAGCGCUUCUUACCCAACAACAUCAGUAUAUCAUCACAACUGGCCGUGUCGCUCGCAAGAAUACAAAGCAAUAUCAGUGGAUCCGAUCUCAUGCCAUCGACCUAUAUGAUAUCUUGCAAUCAACUUUCCCAGCAACACCAAACUGCAAUUGUCCGCUACGCCAUGAUGUGAACCUCAACUUGGAGUUCCGUAGUGCAAAGAUCGCUGUACAGAGGCUAUCUUUCCGCACAAUCUUCACGGCUGAGUCUCCACUCUUCGCUCUUCAAAACUGGUGCGAAAUUGAAAUCGAGCCAUUGGAAAAAAAUUCAAUUACACAUUGUCGUGAUCCCGGAAGACCAGUCCAAAUAAAUAUUGCCCCGUCAUCAUCCUCGGAAAAUAUAAGCCAAGUCCAACCCGUUCUGGAUCUCUGCAACUCUAUUAGAGAUACCGUCUACUCAAAGCGAUGUUUGGGGCUCAUCGGAAAUAGCCCGGAAAAACAGCAUCGUAUUUGGACAACCAAUAACCCACUCAAACCAGCAUUCCACACUAUACAUACGAUAUCCUUGGCUGAGGUACUCAAAAACACGAAAUUCAGACAAGAACAAAGAGCGCGGCUUGGUUUAAAGCUAGCCUCUUCAGUCAUGCAGCUUCAUACUACACAGUGGCUGACGGACAUAUGGAGCAACACUGAUAUUUCAUUCGCAUGCUCCAUCGAUGGAACCGUGGACUUCAACAAUCCAUUCAUCCGACGUACCUUUGGGUCUCAAAGUUGUGAUACAAUAUUCUCUGGCAAAAGAUUUUCGAGACCAUACUUAGUCUCGUCGGUCCCAUGCUUAUACUCACUUGGGAUAGUGCUUCUGGAGUUGUGGUACGGCAAUAUCAUCGACAAUAUGAAGAAUCAAGAUGAAAGGCACAUGCCAGCGCAAUUUUCAGACCCUGUAUGCGCCCAGCGUCUGACCAAAGAGAUGGAUUGCAGCCCUAACUACAAAAAUGCAGUCCUCAGAUGCAUUUGUGGAUUGGAUGCUGUGUAUACCUCAUUGGAAGAGGAUGCCUUCCGCGAUGAGGUGGAAGAGAAGAUCAUUGGUCCACUAGAGGAAGACUUGAAGUAUUUUUGCGAUAAACAAUCGAUCGACCAAUGUUUCUGA